CUACCCUGCUUCUUGCUUCUGAUCACUUCUCUCCUGCGAUCUGCUGCUUCGCAUAGAAUCGCGUGAGCUUCGGAGCUAUCCGCCGUCGAGGUGUUUGGUUUUGUUUUGAUGCUCACCUCCCGUCCGUCCGCCGCCCGCCGACUCCUGCAUCCCGCGCUCCGCCGCGCUCUCCCCGCGUUUUCAGAUCUGCCCAUGGCGGCUCUUCAGAUGAACGCCGCGUCGCUCUCCAGCGCGCCGCGCGCGCUGCAGGCGAAGGACGCUUCGUCGAAGCCUGCGUCAUCCCAGUCCACACCCUCCAUCUCCUGGCGAUCCUUCUCGUCCGGUGCUGCUGGCAAUCCCGCUCUGCUCGCCCGGCUCUCCCGCUCUGGCGCUCACGCCACGUCAGCAUGGCAGCGUGCCUCGCAGAAGCCUGCCACGUGGAGCCCCGUCCGGUGCAACGCCACGACUACAGAGGCGGCUUCCGAGACAUUCACCUACCAGGCAGAGGUGAAUCGGCUCAUGGAUCUCAUCGUCCACUCGCUCUACAGCCACCGCGAGGUUUUCCUGCGAGAGCUCGUCAGCAACGCGAGCGACGCCCUGGAUAAGCUUCGGUUCCUGUCGGUGACGGACCCGUCGCUGAUGGAGGCGAAUUCGGAGCUCGCCAUCCGCAUUAAGGCGGACCCCGCUACUGGCACCAUCACCAUCACCGACUCGGGCAUCGGCAUGACCAAGGAGGAGCUCAUGGACUCCCUCGGGACCAUCGCGCAGAGUGGCACCGCCAAAUUCGUGAAGGCGCUCAAGGAGAAGCAGGAGAAGGAGGGCGAGGUGGACAGCAACCUGAUCGGCCAGUUCGGCGUGGGCUUUUACUCUGCUUUCCUCGUCGCGGACCGAGUGACGGUGCGCACCAAGAGCCCCAAGAGCGACAAGCAGUGGGUGUGGGAGGCGGAGGCGGACCAGAGCACGUACACGAUCAGGGAGGAGACGGACGCAGAUGCUCAGCUGACCCGUGGCACGUCCAUCCAGCUGCACCUCAAGGACGACCAGAAGGCGGAGUACUCGGACCCCACGCGCCUGGCGAGCCUGGUGAAGAACUACUCGCAGUUCAUCGGGUUUCCCAUCUACAUGUGGCAGGAGCAGACGCGCAGCAAGGAGGAGGAGUACGAGGAAGCGGCAAAGGAGGAGGGCGGGGAGCCCGUGAAGAAGACGCGCACCGUGGAGGAGAAGUACUUCGAGUGGGUGCUCGAGAACGACACCAAGCCCAUCUGGGUGCGCGCCCCCAAGGAGGUGGCUGACGGAGAGUACAACGAGUUUUUCAAAAACACCUUCAAGGAGUUUCUGGACCCCCUGGCGCACGCGCACUUCUCCACGGAGGGCGAGAUCGAGUUCAAGUCGCUGCUCUACGUGCCGGGCAUGGCCCCUUUUGAUGCCAACGACAUGUUCUCAGGGAAGACGCGCAACAUCCGCCUCUAUGUGAAGCGCGUGUUCAUCUCGGACCAAUUUGACGGCGAGCUGCUCCCGCGCUACAUGGCGUUUAUCAAGGGCGUCGUCGACUCCAACGACCUCCCCCUCAACGUCUCCCGCGAGAUCCUCCAAGAGUCGCGCAUCGUCCGCAUCAUGCGCAAGCGCCUCGUGCGCAAGGCCUUCGACAUGCUCGACGACAUCGCCGCCCGGAAGGACGCGGACGGCAACCCCUCGGACGACUACAAGACCUUCUGGCAGAGCUUCGGGCGUAACGUGAAGCUCGGGUGCAUCGAGGAUGCUGGUAACCACAAGCGCCUUGCACCGCUCCUCCGCUUCUUCUCGUCGAAAUCCGAGGAUGAUCUGAUCUCGCUCGAGGAUUACACUGCCCGGAUGAAGGACGGGCAGAAGGAAAUUUACUACAUUGCCGCGGACACCGUGCGCAGCGCCAAGUCUGCCCCGUUCCUCGAAAAGCUGAACCAGAAGGGGCUGGAGGUGCUCUUCCUGGUGGAGCCAAUCGACGAGGUUGCGGUUACCACGUUACAGUCGUACAAGGACGUCAAGUUCGUGGAUAUUUCCAAGGAGGACCUGGACCUGGGAGAUGAGGGGGAUGCGGCGAGCAAGAGGGAGCAGGAGAAGGAGUAUGAGGGCGUGUGCGACUGGAUGAAGGGGGUCCUCGGGGACAAGGUGGCCAAGGUGCAGGUGUCGCAGAGGAUCGCGUCGUCGCCGUGCGUGCUCGUGGCUGGCAAGUUCGGCUGGUCGGCCAACAUGGAGCGCAUCAUGAAGGCGCAGACGAUGGGCGACCCCCAGCAGGCGGAGUUCAUGAGGGGCAGGCGGAUCCUCGAGAUCAACGCUGACCAUCCGAUCAUCAAGGACCUCAAGGUGCAGAGCAGUGUGGCACCGGAUAGUCCCAAGGCCAGGCAGCUGGUGGAUCUGCUGUACGAGACGGCCCACAUUGCCUCGGGAUUCCCGCCUGAGAACCCUGCUGAGUUUGGCUCCCGUGUGUAUGAGAUGAUGGCUCUUGCCAUUCCUCAAGCUGACUCUGCUUCUCCUGCUGCUACUUCAUCCUCAUCAACAAGCGCCCCGGUACAACCUGAAGUUGUGGAGGCCUCUGAAGUGCGAACGGAGGGUGAUGUAUGGAAGUGAAGAAGGGAAAGGAGCUGAUCUAGAAUGGAGAGCUAGUGCUAGCAUUAGCAUCUGUUGAGCUUCACAUGAGAGUGGGCUAUGCUAUUUAGUCAACAGUUAACACAGCCGUGUGACAGAGCUAUCCUACUAGCCACUGGGAAAGAGAUUUUGAGUGAGACGAUUGGAGUCAACAUCUUCAAGACGU